UACAGAAACAAGACAAGCGGGUCAUAUGUUUAACGUUGAAUAUGAAAAUGUCCUUGGCUUAUUCGAUUGUUCUCUCCCUUGUUCUGAUCACCUUCUUCACGUGUGCAUGGAAAGUACUGUGUUUGUUUUGGUUGAACCCUAAGAAGCUAGAAAGAUGUCUGAGACGGCAAGGUCUCAAUGGAACCUCUUACGGGCUUUUGUUUCAAGACCUGAGAGACAACAUAAGAAUGAGCAAGGAAGCUCAAUCUCAACCCAUUACUCCUUUCUCCAACGACAUCGCGCCUCGCCUGCUGCCUUUCCUUCAUCACUCCAUCAAGAAAUACGGGAAGCUUAGCUUCACAUGGUUUGGGCCAACGCCUGUAUUGAACAUCAUGGACUCAGACAUGUUGAAGGAAAUAUUUUCACGGAUCAAUGAGUUCGAAAAGCCACACACCAAAGCCAUUGGAGAUCUCUUAGUAUCGGGGCUCAUCAUGGUUGAGGGUGAGAAAUGGGUCAAACAUAGAACGAUCAUCAACCCGGCUUUUCACUAUGAGAAGUUGAAGUUUGUAGUGAGCGCAACAUGUUCAAGUUGCGAGGAGAUGUUUAGGGAAUGGAACAAGCAAAGUUUGGCUGGUGACGUGGAUGUUUGGCCUGAGCUUCAGCAUUUGACGGGUGAUGUACUCUGUAAAGCUGCUUUUGCUGUCACCUACAACCAAGUCAAGAGCAUCGUCCCCCUUCAAAAAGAACAAAUGGGCCUCACUAACAAGAUUCUUCAGUUCACAUUUAUUCCCGGGUGGAGCCUCUUGCCAACCAAAAUGCAGAGGAGGAUGAAACAAAUCGACCACGAAGUAAAAGGAUUGCUGGAAGACAUAGUGACCAAAAGAGAGAAGGCAAUGAAGGAAGGAGGAGUAGAUGAUGAUGAUCUCUUGGGACUGUUGCUAAAAUCAAACGUGAAAGAAAUUCAAGAGUUUGGGCAUCAAAAAGGUAUGAGCAUAGAGGAUGUGAUUCAAGAGUGCAAAGCAUUCAACUUUGCGGGUCAAGAGACGACUUCUGUUUUGCUUACUUGGACUUUGAUCUUGUUGAGCAAGUAUCAAAAUUGGCAAGACAAAGCAAGAGAGGAAGUCCUGCGAGUUUUCGGCAACAACAAACCCGAUUUUGAUGGGUUGAGCCGACUAAAAAUUGUAAGCAUGAUACUGAAUGAGGUACUCAGGUUAUAUCCGCCUGCAUUUAUGACGAUGAGAACAGUUCACAAGACAACCAAGUUGGGAGAUAUACAAGUACCUCCGGGAGUUGUGCUUCUUGUGCCCGUGAUCUUGAUCCACCAUGAUCCAGAGAUCUGGGGUGAGGAUGCCAAAGAGUUCAAUCCGGAGAGAUUCUCCGAGGGAGUCUCAAAAGCAACCCAGAACAAGCUCUGCUUUCUCCCUUUCAGUUGGGGUCCAAGAACUUGCAUUGGCCAAAACUUUUCUUUGGUUGAAGCCAAAGUUGCUCUCACCUUAAUUUUGCAGAAUUUCUCAGUCCGGCUAUCUCCUUCUUACAAGCACGCCCCUACUCCUAUGCUCACUACUCAUCCCCAAUAUGGAGUCCCCUUGAUCUUGACUAAAAUCGGAUCGAAUUCCUCGGUUUAUAUUUAAGCAGAUUUUGUGCUCUUGUUUUCUUCGUGCUGUGCAUAGAACGGAUUGUUCUGUUUGUUUAG